AUGACUCUUUGGACAUUUCCUCAUGCUAGUAUUGGCCCUGGAUUACAACUCAAUGCUGUCUUUUUUAGAAGCAUCCGUUGGGAAGUAGGUGAUCAAGAAUUUGCUAUCUUCUGGGAAACCACUGGCUUACCAAAUGAUCAUCGUCAACGCAACUUUAUGGUUUGGCUCUUGGGCUUCAUUCAUGCAGACGGACACGUGACAUCCCGAUGGAAGAAUACCUACACAGAUCCACAACUGCAAAUGGACUACAUCAUACUCGCUGCUCGUGAUCGUGGCAUUCUGAUAUGGAUCAAAAAGAUGCUUGUGAAGAACCUGAUAUUUUACACAAUGAAGAUAAGUGGACAGAUGAAUGAAAGCCACUUCAAGAUUGGGAUCACUGCCUUGCAAGAAGAACCCUUCAAUGAACCUCUCGAUAUAUUUUCUGGAAAUUCCCUUUAUCCAGUUAUCGCUCAAAACUUUUAUUACCUCAAGUCAAUGAAAUUUUAUUCACAUUUGGAAUGGAAACUUUCAUCCUGGCCUUCAACCUGGGGUGCUCUAGUUCUGCGUUCAUGGACUGCAAGCCGUCGAAUUAGGUUUGGACUCAACAUUGCCUCAAGUUCUCGCGAGAUCCUACUUGGUCAGAAUGUUGAUAACAAAGCCAAACUUCAAGGAUAA